UAAUAUCUCCUCAACGAAGCCUCGGACAACAUUUUCGCUAAGGAAAAAGUUGUUUCAAAUCACCUCCCGAACCAACCCUUUCAAGGCGUUACAACAUUUUUGGGACACCCUGUAUGUAUAGACAGUGAGUGAGCAACAGUGAGCAACAGUGAGCAACAGACAGUGGCAAAUGGUGACAGAUGGUGGUAGUAGUAAAUGACAGUUCUCUGUAUCUCGUUCUGAAAGCAUGUUCUUCGAUGUUAAGAGUUUAUAAUCCGAAAUUUUUCUCUUAAAAUUAUUCGUCGUGUUUUAAUAUAGUUCCUAUUAUACGAUGUGUGACAUUAACGAUGUGAAAUUUAACAAAAUUUUGACAUAACUAUAAUCACCUUUUCGCGAUCGUGUGAUUUUGUCACGUCUAUACAGGGAGGAGUAUGAUUAUUAUCUAAUAUUACCCACUUCACAGAGAAGAUAAUUUGUUGUUUCUAAGAAAAAAAGAAGGAGGUGAAUCAAAACAUCCUUUUGGUAAACUAUUGAAAUGCCAAGUUCAUACUUGUAUGCUAUAAAUAAUGAAGGACGCGUGUUUGGAUUAUCAACAUCUGGGAACAUGUGGCGAGAGUUCAUGUACCUAGGUCUUGAGUUUAAGCAGUUAUCAGCUGUACCACAUUACAUGUGGGCCAUAGGUGGUGAUCGUCAAGUCUAUGUACAUGUACAUGGUUUAGAUGUACCUAUAAGAAUUAAAGAAGAAAUCUAUGAAAAUGAAAGAUGGCUUCCUUUAGAUGGAUUUAGUGGAAGGUUAUUACCUACAGAUAGGUAUAACUUCUCUAAUCAAGAUGGUACGGCUGACCGUAGUCGAGAUAAAGUAAAAUUACCAUCUAUGGCUUGGCAAUGGGAAGGUGACUGGCUGAUAGAAACUACGUUAGAUGGCCAACCGUUAGACCAUGAUGGAUGGACAUACGCAGUUGAUUUUCCAGCUACAUAUUCCACAAAAAAACAGUGGAAGUCCUGUGUUAGACGACGAAAAUGGGUUCGAUAUAGACGAUACAGCGCCAUGAAUUCAUGGUGUGCUAUUGCACCGCUUCAUAAAGAUCCAACUAAGGAACCAUUUAUUGACAUAUCUGUGGGUGGAAAUCAAAUACCUGGAGGUAAUCCUGGAUGCCUAGUAGUCUGGGCAGUAACCGCUCAUGGGAGGGUAAUGUUCCGUGUUGGAACUAGUACAACUUGUCCUGAAGGACAAAGAUGGAGUGCUAUAAAAUUAGCCACUGGUUACGAGGUAUGUCAAAUCAGUGUUGGAAUGACUGGUCUCGUAUGGGCCGUAUUGAUGGACGGUAAAGCACUGGUGCGUACAGGUGUUACUAGAGAGAAUCCAAUGGGAGAGGACUGGUCAGAGAUCGACCCUCCGCAAAAAGAUUUGAAAUUGGUACAAGUUAGCGUUGGCACGGAUGCCGUAUGGGCUAUAACACAGGAUGGGGGAGUAUGGUUUCGGAAAGGUAUUAGAGGUGAUAUGAGUGGAGUUUGUGAACAGGUGGCUAUUGGGACUGGAUGGGUAGAAAUGUUAAGCAAAAUGUCGCUAGUAUCUGUUGCUUCAAACGAUCAAGUUUGGGCUAUUGGUCAGGAAGAUAGGUGUUUGUAUUAUCGUACCGGUAUUACACGAUCGGAAUUAACUGGUAAAAAGUGGAGGGUAAUAAACGCUCCUCUGCAGCUUAGCAGAGCAAGUAGUAACGCCAGUUUAUCGUCGACCAAUAGACAUAGUAUGUGCGGUACUCCUCAACAACAAAGACAUCAGAGUUGGGGAUCAUUGAAUCGGCCGCAUAGUACCAGCGAUGGUACAACGUUAAUCAGAGAAUGGGAAGAACAAUCUCAUUCAGCGCCAACGCCAACAUCUUUAAAAUUAUGGCAACGGACAAACGAUGGUGCUACAGGUAAAACUCCACACCAAACAUCCUUCCAGGACAUGUACCUGAACGAUGGCAAAAAGAGGUCUACAAAUUCAUUAGAUAUGGGUGAUCUGACCGAAGCUAGCGUUGCGAAUAUAACCAUAUCGAACGAAUCGUUGACCAAAACAGGUGAAUCUAUAGUAGUCUCUGGGAAAGGGAUGGGCAGUACUGUGAAGAUCAAUCCAGCUGCUUGGAGUCCCGUUCACUCGGUUGGCUCUAUGGUAGGCGUAGAAGCUCAUCCAGAGACGGAUGGAAGUAUAUUCGAUCCUGACUUAACCAGUGAUUCUGGAGUCUAUGGGGAAGACGAAAGCUCGGGUGCGAUGUACUGGGCCGAAUGCGAUGCUUCCUGGUAUAAAGUAGAAGCUGGAGCGUGUUUCCUUGAUCCAUCCAACCCUCCAAAAUGGAUCGCGGAUACGAAUGGCACGAAUCACGGAGAUAUAGCAGAGUCAUGGAGGAUACAAAUUUUAGAAGAACUGAAAAGAAGAUUACACAAAGUACAAUUUGAUGCGACAAUAUAUGAAAAAGUUGUCGAAAAAUCAUCUUGGGUAAAAACUGGCGAUGCGAAAUGUAAAGUUAAAGGUAGCAGUUCGUAUGAAGAUUGCGUAAUUGAAUUAGAUUGGAUAAGCAGCGACAGCGGGUCCCUAGAUUGUGGAACAGUAACUAUUUUGAACUCUCAUAAAGUAACGACAAUUGUUCAAUUUCCUAUAUCCGAGAUCACGUGUGUAGUAUGCUGUAGCGAACCUGGUAAUCCACGGAUAGCAAUUCAUACUCCUCGAUUAUCUCGUUCUAAAGUUCUUAGAUUGCAGUUUUCUAGCGAUACUGAAAUGGAAGAUUGGUUAACGCAUUUAACUUCAGUUUCUUGUCAAAUGAAUAAUGUGUAUGGAAGACCGGGUCCCAAUUCGAUUUGGACUACUACAGCAUUAGGAGACGUGUAUGUUUACGACCCUGCAGCUGUGGAAGAAAAUCAAAUCGUUAACGACACAUACGUACAAGAAUUAGACGUUGCGGGAAAAGAAUUGCCUUUCGAAUGUAUAUUACAAAAUGGUUUCGGUUAUGGUAGUUCCCUGAAAAUUACUAUUUGUAUUCACGAUGACGCCGACAGGUUAACAUUUAAUCUCGUCUGUUAUACGACAACAUCUCUGAAACAAAAAUCCGUGGUGGAUAGCCACGAUGUAGCGUUACACUUCAAUCCGAGACUCAGAGAAAAUAUAAUCGUACGGAAUACAUAUCACAGCGGACAGUGGGGCGACGAGGAAAGAAACGGAAACAGUCCGUUGAAAUCUGGCAAUUUCACGUUAGAGAUCAUUUGCGAAGAACGGGGAUAUAGAAUUUUUAUCGACGAUAGCGAAUUUACUUUUUACAGUCAUAGAAUAUUACCGCAGAGUAUUACUCAUUUACGAAUCAAGGGAUUGAUGACAUUGUGCAGUAUACUUUAUAAAUCCCUGUCUGUAAUCAUCGAUCCGAUUACGAUGUUUUGGAGACAAAUUGGCGGCCAUUUGAAAAAAGUUGAAACCUGUUCCGUUGGUGUGACAUGGGGUAUAGGAUAUGACAGUACCGCGUGGGUGUAUACUGGUGGCUGGGGUGGCUUAUUUUUAAAAGGAUUAGAUAGCAAUACGGGAAUAAACACUAUGGUCGAUACUCAUAAUUAUUACGUUUACGAAAAUCAGCGUUGGAAUCCGUUAACUGGAUACACGUCUCAUGGUCUUCCAACGGAUCGCUACAUGUGGAGCGAUGCGAGCGGACGUCAGAAACGUACUCGAGAACAUACAAAGCUGCUAUCGAUGCACUGGCAUUGGGUAUCAGACUGGAUAGUCGACUUUCAUACACCCGGGGGUGUCGAUAGGGAUGGCUGGCAGUACGCCACUGACUUCCCUUCUCAAUAUCAUGGGAAAAAACAGUUCACCGAUUAUGUUAGAAGAAGAAGAUGGUUUCGAAGGUGUCAAUUAACGACCAGUGGUCCAUGGCAAGAAUUAGGAAAUACAAAAUUGAUCGAUGUCUCUUUAUAUGCAACUGGAAAACCUGGUACGGAUGCUCAAGUUUACAUAUGGGCGGUAGCUACUAACGGUGAAGCUUUAUUUAGGAGAGGCGUUUCGGAAUCCUGUCCAGUGGGAGUUUCAUGGGAACAUAUACCGAGUGAUCAAGCCUUAAUAGGUAUUUCGUGUGGUCCAGGAGGCCAAGUUUGGGCUGUAGGGAAAAAUGGUUCCUCUUACUGGAGGCUAGGGAUCACACCUUCAAAACCUGCAGGUGUGCAGUGGCAAAAUGUUGAACCACCGGCAGGUGCUCAUUUAAAACAAAUUUCCGUGGGGAAAGAUGUAGUGUGGGCGUUGGAUACAACAGGUAGACUGUCUGUUCGCCGCGAAGUGCAAAUGAACAUUUUUCCAGAAGGAACACAUUGGCAGACGCUUCCCGCGAUGCCGAAUGAUCCCAUUCAUAUAGAGAAAUGUAAGAUGAAACCCCGAAAGGCUGUGUUUCUUGGAAAACUCUGCAGAAUGCCCUUCAAAAGCUCUGCGUUGGGAAACGCUGAUAUAGACAACGCGUCUAUUAAUUUAGAUACACUCUUUGACCCCUGUUACAUAGAUAUGUCCGUUAUAAAUGCGAAGCAAGGUUUUCGACACGUUGCCGUUGCUAGGGAACAAGGUCAAGUAUGGGCAGUUUCGGGGGCUGGAAUACUUUGUCGCAGAAUUGGUAUUACCAACGAAAACCCAGCUGGAACUGGUUGGGUCACCGGUAUAGGGGCGAAUUGGCAGUACGUGAGCGUAGGAGGACUUGUAAAUAAAAUGAAAUGAAACGAUUGAAUUUUAAAUCGGCGAAGGAUUCUUGUAAUAAUAAGAUACACGAAGUACUAUUGUAUUGCUACCAUCUAGUAAUGUAAUAUUCUAGCUUUUUAUUUUCACCAAGAAAUUUUUCACAAGUACGAGAAAAUGAAUGCAUGUGCAUGUAAGAUAUAGAAGUUUUCCAUAAUGGAUAUGGCAUAGCUUUGCGAAUAAUUCAAUUUUAAGCUUGACGUGUGACGUAUCUAACAAACGAAAAAGACGUUAUCCAAAACGUACAAACCAUACCGAUCAUUGACUAUGCGUGAUAUAUUUGUACUUAUUUUCCGGUACAAUUUUAUUUGACUUCUGUAUGAUAAGAAAUAUACGUACAGGUAGAAGAAUUAAUCUAUACAAAUUUGGUGAUACAUUUUUUUUUUCUUAUAGUUUCGCCAACGAAACAUUCCAAACCCAUGCAUUUGCAUAACCACUGAAUAUAUAAUAAUAACAUAGAAAUAGAAAAUAGUAUGAAAUGUUAAUUUCAUUUUAUAAUGACAUACCUUUGAUACCUCAAAAAACCAUAACUCGAUCGUAUUUACCACUCGCCUUGCCUGUGAACAAAUUAUUUUGUUUAUUACCGUAUAAUGAAAAAUUUUAGAUUUUAGGAUCAAAAUAAAACUGCUAGAGCAAGUAUUCAAGAUUGAAAUUACGAUCGAGCAAUCAAUCGCGUAUAAAAUUUUAUUCCAAUACUUUCGAUUUACUACGUGUUCCAUCUUAUAAAUUCGAUCAAAAACUAUAGUUCUUCUAACGAACACGCCAAGUAUUCCUAUAUGAAUCUAUUUUGUGUAGUGCCUGAAAUGUAUUGUCUCAUAUUUAUUAUUUGCAAGAUCUUAUUUUUGAAACGAAGAAAAGAUAUCGUAACAUAGAAAAAGUUUAUUUUUUCGAAACUAUGGAUAUCGAGAACGUUUACGACAACUAUAACAUCGCUGUAUUUAGGUAGUAUUUUUAAAACGCUACUGCUAAUGAAUUUAUUAUAAAUAUUUGUUUUAUCGAUAUUAAAU